GACGCGGAGCUCGCUCAUCUCUCUUCCGUAUGCGCUGCAGCCACCUUCGGUCGUAACCAUCAAGAUGUCCUAGACGAGACCUACCGCAAAGCGCGGAAGCUCGACUGUAGCGACUUUGCGUGUCAUUUUGACGCCGAACGAUCUGGACUUGUGAGGGCGGCGUGUCAUGAGAUUCUCGUAGGCAAGGACGGUUCGAGACGGGUCAAGGCCGAGCUGUACAAGCUCAAUGUAUAUGGCCCUGGCUCGUUCUUCAAGCCACACCAGGAUACGCCGCGCGGGGAGAACAUGUUCGGUUCUCUCGUAGUCGUCUUCCCAACCGCGCACGAAGGCGGAGAACUGGCAUUACGUCCGAGAGAUGCUGAAGAUACGACUGUGCUCGACUUCGGUGCUCGUUUGAGUGAGGCGAAGGCGCAUUCCAGUUCUAUCGCCUACGCAGUCUUCUUCAGCGACGUAACUCAUGAGGUGUACGAAGUCAAACGCGGGUAUCGUGUCACGCUCACGUACAAUCUUUACUUCGAUGACCCGAUAGAGGACCACGUCUCCGCCGUGACGACGUUACCUUCUUCCUUCCAAUCUGACAUCCCAGAAACUCUGAUCUCUCAAUCCCUCACUGACAUCCUAUCCGAUCCCACCUUCCUUCCCGACGGUGGCCUCAUCGGAUUCGGUCUACGCUAUCAGUACCCCGUC